UGGAUGCUGCCAGCGGAAAAUGGCUGCUGCAACCUCAAGCCUAUCCUGAUACACCGAAACGACAUCAAGUGGAGAGAGAGAGAAAGAGAGAGAGAGAGAGACGGAGGAAGAUUACGAAAAUGAGACCAGAUGGAGAGAGAAUGUGAAGCGAGUCUGAGUGUUUCCUGAAAGGAGGAAUAAAAACAAGAGGGGGAGAGGAGAGCCUGGGGUGGGCUGCUGCAAGCGGCGGGCAACACCGAGCCAUGGAGGGCGAUGUGCGUGUUCGUGCCGUGGUGAUGACACGUGAUGACUCCAGUGGUGGUUGGGUGCCUCUCGGAGGUGGCGGUCUCAGUCACGUGGUCAUAUGCAAGGGGCGGAGCCACGACGGCAGGGGGCGGAGAGAGUACAUCAUCCGCGGAGAGCGACUGCGAGACCGAGCACCAGUACUGGAGUGUGCGGUCCAAAAAGGGUUGGUAUACAACAAGGUGAAUCCCAUCUUCCAUCACUGGAGAGUAGAGGAUCGGAAGUUUGGCCUUACAUUCCAGAGUCCUGCCGAUGCCAUCUCCUUUGAAAAAGGGCUGCAGACUGUCUUAGACAAGCUCGACAGAGGCUCUGACUCGCCAUCGUCCUCCACACCAGAAGAGGCUGACACAGAAGACGACGGCCAAGCUUCCCAUACAGGAAGUGAGUCGUCAUCCAAUAGCAGAAAGGAGAUGCUUCCCAAACCAAUCACCAUAGUGACAAGCGAAUCCUCAUCCAGCUGCUUUGUGCGGCCCGAAGAGUUCAGCUUUGGAUCCAGCCAUGCCGUCACCACUCACACGCCUGUUCAGAUCCACACCAGGCCGGGACAGCACCAGCUCUCUCAAAUGACGACUGUGUUGAACCCCCCUGCGCCACCGCCCCCACCGCCUGCUCCACCAACUCCUCCUGUGGGUCCCCCAGCCUCCUCUCCUCUUUCCCCUUUGUCGCCCACCAUUUCGCUGCUGGAGGAAGGAGAUCUGCGCAGUGUGGACCCUUGCAAAGAUCUGUGGGGUUCACGAGGUUAUGAGGAUUACAGACGCGCAGGUGCGACAAGGACCAUGGUUGGGGGGCUCACGGGGGGAGUCGUCGUUGGCAGUGGAGGGAGUCUACAGGACAAGUCAGAGCUGUGCGUGGUCCGCUUCGAGAAGGAAUUGGCAGGCGUGGGGACGGCUGGCUGUGAGGUGACCGUGAGCCUGGACAGCAAAGCCUCCCAGCGCCUGUCCUCGUCGUCCCCCACCUGCAUGUCUAUGCCCAAUGCCGUGUCAGGAGUGUCCUCAGGUGCUGGCUCGCCCCAGGAGACGGGCAAAGGCUCACCCUCCCCCUGCUGCAUCCACACCACGCUGGCCGCGCCCCGGUCGCGGACUCGUAAGAGAGGAGGAGGGGCCAGCAGCAGCGACCCAGGGGCUAUCUCGCCCGAUGAUGACAGCCCAUGCCCUCAGGCAUCAUCGUCGUGCUCAUCUCGCUGCGUGUACUGCCGCUCAGUUUUCAGCGCCUCAGAGAAUGGGCGGGGCCGCUGCAGGGACGCCCCUGACCCGGCCCUGCACUGCCUCCGCCAAUGGACCUGUGUGUGGUGUGCGGAAAGCCUGCUCUACCACUGCAUGUCAGACUCUGAGGGAGAGUUUUGGGAGCCUUGUUCAUGUGAUGACUCUUUGGGGGGCCACCCAAACCCCCUCUGCUGUGCCCGCUGGUUGGCCCUCUUGGCCCUGUCCCUCUUUGUGCCCUGCAUGUGCUGCUACCUGCCUCUGCGCGCCUGCCUGCGAUGUGGGGAAAGGUGUGGCUGCUGUGGGGGAAAGCACAAAGCAGUCCGAUGAGGCCAGGCUGAGGGGUGGGAGGUCUGCCGUGGACCGAGGGGUCUUGGUAUCAGUUGGGUGGAACAGGCGCUCUCAGCGGAACAUCCGGUCCUCCAAAGCCCCACAGCCCUCCACUGAUUUCAGCUCUUUCUCCUUUCAACUGAGGGCCUUCCUUAAUGGUCCUUGCCUGCCGGAUGUGCUCUGCACUCAGACCUGGCUCUUUGGGAGUCAUCUGGAGCCUUCAUAGAGGAUUUACUGGGGUGUUGCUGAUUUAACCGUCAGCUGUCAAUGACGUUAGCAAAGAAGGAGGGUUGGCAGAGGCAACAAUGGUGUGUACACUGUUUCAAAUGUCUGUUUGUUUUGGUUUUUUUUAUUUAGAAAGAAAUUUAAAAAAAACAACAAAAGAUGUUUAUAUAUAUAAUUGUUAUAAUUUUAAUUGGUAUAUUUUAAUUAAAUGUAAAACACAUCGACGGAAUCCCCAAAUGGCCCACACACACAAACACACCUUCACAUAUUCACAGACACAAGGUCUUGGGGAAGUUAUUUGUUUCAUGUUGAGCAGACGUCACCCUUUACCUCUAAUUUUACCUCAGAUGUUACUUAAACCUAGGUUAGAGAUAAAAAAAAAAACAGGAGGGGGGAAGGUCCAGAACAAGCAAGCACAAAGAAGUGCAGUCUUCAUCAAAGCAUCUGAGACCACAGGCUUUGUCUUCUAGUAAAGUGUAAGAAUUAUUAAAUGCAACUAGGCAAUUAUUGUUAAGGGAAGCUGCAAAGACAACUACAAAGACUUACAAAUCAUAUUCUGGUUCAUAUUAGUCUUCAGUGACCUGAGUUUUGGUUCUGGAAUGCUUUUCAACAGAGUCGGCCGAUGUUUUGGUCUGUAAGAUAAAUUUGAGUUGGGGGGGUGCACUUCCCGUUAAGCCCAUCAAUAAAUGACCACUACUGAUAGUUUCAAUACAGAUUCAGAAGAGUCAGAAAGAAGGGUCCAAGUUUAUCUGGUUACACUCACAAGCAACCAUGAUGAUUAUUUAGAUGUGCAAUAAAUCAAUCAAUAAGUUAAUUCAUGGUGCUGUAAAAAAUAAUUUGGCCCCUUACAGAUUUAUUCAUUGUUUUUGCUUUUCUGUCACACUUAAAAGUUGUAGAUCAACAAAUGUUCGAUAAUCUGAGUAAAAGCAGUUUUCAGAUGAUGAUCUGAUUUAUUGUUAGGUAUUAUUUAGUCAACUCAGAGGUAUGAUCUGAUUUAUUAAGGAAAAAAAGCUACAAACCAACUUUGCCCUGUGUGACAAAUGCUUGUUAAAUUCUGAAUUAACUGUAAGUAACCACAUUUCUGUUGGAAAACUGGGUUUAACCAGCCUCGCUAAACCCAAUUAAAUAGAACCUGUUUGACAACAUGAAGUAUGACUGAACACAGCAAUUUAUUUCAGCAAUUUUAUUCAACUAGUGAAACUUAUCUAGUUUAUAGAUCACUUACCAACAGUGCGAUAUAUUUAAGGCUGAUUAAUACAUUAUUUAAUUAUACAGCUAAUGAGAACCCAAACUUCUGUUUUUCAGAAAAUGUGAAGAUUUUGUUAACCAAUAACAAUGAUUUUAAAUAUAGAAAUGCCUAAUGAAAACUAUGACCACAUACUGAACAGUAUCUGCACUCAGUUGUUUGUUAGGGCUCCUUUUGCAUGAAUUACUGCGUCAAAGCAGCAUGGCAUGGAGGUGAUCGGCUUGUGGCUCUGCUGAGGUGUUAAGGAAACCUAUGUUGCCUUAAUUGGGGCCUUCAGCUUAUCUUUAUUGUUGUGUCAGGUGUCUCUCAUCUUCCUCUUAUCAAUACUUUACUGAUUCUCUAUGGUAUUUAGGUCAGGUAAGUCUGCCAACCAAUCAAAAACAGUGACACCAUGGUGGUUAAAGCAGGUAAUGUGGGCAGGUUCUGUAGGAAAAUGCAGUUCGUAUUUUCAUAAAGCUUGUCAGCAGAGGAGAGCAUGAAGUGCUCUAAAAUUUACUGGUAGAUGACAGUGCUGACUUAGGACUUGAGAAAACAGAGAUGGUAAAUAGUAAAGUAAGUGGCCUCCACCUGUACUUGUAUAGCGCUUUAUAAAGAUGACCAAGACCAACAAAUGACAUGGCUCCCCAAAUGUUCCCUCACUGUGUCAAAUUUACAUUGGAACUCAAGCAAUUUGGCUUCUCUGCCUCUCCACUUUUCCUCCAGACUGUUGGACCUUGAUAUCCAAAUCAAAUGCAGAAUUUACUUUCAUCUGAAAAGAGGAGUUUGGACCAUUUAGCAACAGUUCAGCCCUCUCCCUCCUCAGGCCAGUUACAAUGCGUGUGAUGUUGUCUCUGGUUUAAGAGAGGUCCGACACAAGAAAUGUGACAGGUGUAGCUCUUGUCCUGAAUAGGUCUAUGUGAGAUGACCCUUGAAGCUCUGACUCCAGCCGCAGUCCAUGCCUUGUGAAUCUUCCCGCAUUCCUAAAUGGGCUAUGCUUCACAAUCUUGGCAAGGAUAUCAGUGUUACCUCUGCACACUUUUUCCUUCCACUCAGCUUUCCAACAAUAUGCUUGGAUACAGCACUCACACAGCUUGUUUAGAAUUAACUUUUGUGGUUUACCCUCCUUGUUGAGGGUGUUAUAGACUGUCUACUAGUCAACUGUCAAGUCAGCAGACUUCCCCAUACUUAUGAUGAUCGUUACCAAACAUGUAGUAGAAAAAAAUCCCUUUUUUUGUUAGUCUUACAUCAUAAUAUCAAUUUUUUUAAGAAACUACGUUUUUGGUUUUCAUUAGCAGUAAACCACAAUCUUCAAAAUCAACAAAAAUAUUGCCUGAAAUGUAUCACUCUGUUAAAAAUGAAUCUAUAUUCGAGUUUCACUUUUCGAGUUUGAAUAUUGAAAUAAAUGUACUUUUUGCUGACUUUCUAAUUCAUAAAGAUGCAUCAGUAUAAUAAUAAACAAAACUGAGAUUUUUCUUUAUAUUUAUAACUAGUACAUUUGCCAGAUGUUAAAAAUUUAAAAUUUAAAUAAUUUAGAAUAAAAUUUUGCAAUUCCAAAACCGAAAAGCUCAUUUUCAGUAAAAAACCCCUAAAUAAAUCAGGAAGGUUUACGUUAAAUGUUCAGUCUGUGAUCUGAAGUAUUCUUGUGGGGCCCCCUGACGGUUUUUGGGGCCCUAAGGAGUGGCUUAGUUUGCUUACAUCUUGGGCCGGCUCUGUGUGUCAAUCAGUAAAAACCAUCACUUUGCGUGUUUUCUGCCAUUUUGCCAUUAAGUUUUGAUAUUAAUCAUAAAAACCAUCUCAUCCCACACCUGUACCUAUUGAACCAGACAAGGUGCUUAAAACUGAGGCCUCUGAUUGAGUUUAUUCUACCUAACAGACACACAGUGACCCUACAAGAUCCAGAUUUAACGGAGAAAGCACCAACAAUUCAAGUACAAUGAACAAUAAACGGUAGGAAUAAUUAUGUACCAGUUUUCUGGGAUGGGAAACAGAAACUAAAAAGUGUAAAAUGUUACUAUGAGUUGUUUAAUAUUGAGCUUAAAAGCUAAACAGAAUUGGAGACUAAAUAUAAAAAAGCUGCUGCAACUACUGGAAAAAACAGUCUGUCCUAUUGGAGGAUGUUCAGUUACUUCUUAGUUUGCAAAAAAAAAACAAAAAAAAACAAAACAAAAUAUGACACAAACCUAUUGUAUUAAACAGCUGAACAUUCUGGCUUUCAACCCAUAUCUGAUAAAAAUAAAAUUGGACUGUUGUGAUUAAUGGCAUAACUUUUCUGAUUAACUAGAGGAAAAAUGUAUAAAAAAAAAACAUCGGGUGCACCUUCUCUGGCCUUUAUGAACUUUUAGAGGAUUUCCAUGAUGAAAUACAAAACUCUUCACCAAUCGGGUUUAACACUCCGGUCUUUUUUGGGGGGAUGUUUCCUCCUAUUCAGCCAGCUGCACCUGUGUAUUUGGACCUUCAGAUACUCUCUUUUAACACUAUACUCAGUUUAAGAAUUACACCUGUGCAGGUAUUUGUUUUAGGAAUUCAAAUUUAUGAUGAUCCUAUUAUUUUUUCUCCAUAUUUGUUUAGAAGAAAUGUGCCAUAAAUGACAAAAAUGCAAUUUACUGAGGCAUGUUUUACAAAGCCAGAAUGCUAAGCUGUGAAAAAAAUUUGAUUUCUUUUAUGUUUGUUCACUUUUUAAAAAAACGACUAAACAUAAGACAAGUUGUAAUUCCCCAUUCUUUGCCAGGGGUUUUAUUUCAAAGCCUUUCUCCAACAUUAUUGGGGCUAAAAAUGUCCACUAGCUCCACAGAGUCUGAGGUCUCACAUGAAAAAACGUCUGAUUGCUGGAGAUAAAGACAUAUUUUACCCAAGGUGUUAUAAAAAGUACCUUGGAUAUCUGCUUAUUUCGUUUAUCAGAGGUAUUCUUCUUCAUUCAGAUUCAUGUGAUAGCCGGUUGUCUCAGUCCCAGAUUGAACUAAAAUCCCAACAGACUUCCCACAAAAUCAGAAGAGCUGCAGCAGACUUUACAGUUUACAUUGUGACAUGCCGUGAAAAAAAGCAGGAACAAGUUUUGGGAAUGUUGAAAAAUAAAUGAUGAUAAUCUGAUAUAUCGAGAGCCAAAGGUGCCACAAUUCAAUACACAAGUUGUUAAAUAUUUAUAUAGGUGAUUAAUGGAAUAAAACUGAAGGAAACAUACAAUAUAUAAAUAAAUUUAUCGAUAAUUAUUUAAAAAUUGUAUUUUGUAUUUAAAUAUUUUAUAGUACUGUGUUGCAGCACAAUCUGUCAUCCUAACCCAUCAAAGCCAGUGGGCGGGACUAACACAGCAAUAUGCAAGGUGAUUGGUCUGCAGUUUAGUUGCUGUGCAAGUUAACCAAUCAGCAAUUAGAAUCAGUUUGAUCAGCCAUAACUGCUGAACUGUAGCACAGGAAAUAUAAAAUAAUUAAAUGGAAACUGCAAUAGUUGUGAUUUCUCAUAUACUGUAGUCAGGUUUUAAUUAGUAAUUUUUAAAUUUUUUAGUUUUGUAUUUAAUAUAUUUUUGACACAUUUGACAAAUUAUAGAUUUUUUUUUACAUAUUUAUUACAGUUUAUUUCCAUUAUCACAGAUAUAACAAAUUGGUAAAUUAGUUAAUUAAAACUCAGAUUCACCUUUUAAUCAAUGAUUGGCUAACUUUAUUGUGUAAUUAACACAUUUGACACAGAUACAUAAUUCUUACAUUAUUUCUAGAAUGUAUUUACAAACGAUCUUAUGUCAAUUAUCAUGUUUAUAAAAAUGUAUUUAAAAUGAAUAAAAAUUUAAAGAAGUUCUGAUUAACAACUUCCUCAUAUGAUUAGUGUAUUUAAUAAAUUAUUGACACAUUUUAAUAAUCAUUUAAAUUUUGUUUAUUUAUUGCAUUUAAUGUAACUUUAUCAAAAUAAUCAUAAACAAUUGCUUUACAAUUAAAACUUUUAGAUUUCAAAAAAAUAUAUUUUCUAUUUAAUAAAUUACACAUAACUAGAUAUAUUUUUCUUUACUUAAUGUAUUUAGUAUGGUUUUACUUAAAUGAUCACAUAUAUAAAAAUGAAUAGAAUUAUAACUUGAAUUGCAGUUUUAUUUGUGGACAGUUAUUGACAUAUUUAAAUAAUUAUAAAUAGUUAAUUAUUUAAUAACUACAUACAACUAUAAUUUUAUUUAAAUAUGCAUAAAAGAUUUUUAACAAUAUUUGUAUGUAUUGGAUAGUGGUGUUUCUCUGGCCUCAAUAGAUGAAAACUACUGAGCACCAAAGAAUAAAAUCACAAAAGUGGGCGAGGAUCUGUGGACUUCUGAUGUCCAGGAUUCCCAUAAAAAAACAAAACAUAGGUGGAAAUAAAUAUUUACAUAACUUUUGGCAGAAUGAGCCUUUCAGAAGCUUCAUAUGAUUUGUAGUUUAGAUUUAGCCAAGAACGUUUUUCCAAAGUGACUUAAAAGCAGCGGGGUUCACUCAGGACACGCUCAAGAGGCGCUGCUGGACGCAGCCUCCAGUGGAGAAACAAAAACAAACCAACGUCCGGUCUCAGUCAGCUCCUCGAUUGUAAGUUCGUACGACACACCAACGCCGUCCCCACCGAUCUGCGACCUGUGCGCACAAACCAGACGCACGAGUUCACCUGAUGGUGCAGAUUAAACAGAACCGGGAAAGCCAUCGCACACAGUUCGCUCCUUCUGGUUCAGAAGAGUCAUGCAACCACAACUGCAGGUCCCAUCCUUACAUCUUAAUAAAUGUGCCUUUUGAUUUGAGUAAUCAAUAGCUUUUGAUUUCUAAGUAACUCUGUAUUAAGUACUUUUCCUUUAUGUUUGGGGGUCACUGAUUUCUGCCAAUGAGCAUAUUUUCACAUGUAUGUAUUUAUUAGUUUGAAAGUAAUUAUUGAGAUAUGACCUGUUUAUUUAUUUAUUGAGAUAUUUAUUCUGAUUCUUUAUUUUUUUGAGACAGGUUUUUAUCUUCUGUGCUGUCUUACUUCUGACUUUGUGCCAAUGUGCUGCUUUGAGGUGUUACAUAUCGUGGGUUUGUAUCAUUAUUAAACCCUCACUCUAUAUUUUAAA